AUGGGGAAAAAAUUCAAACAUUACAACCAUGAAACAGACAAGCAAAAUCCUGUUUUUGAUACUGGAAUGAUAUUCAGUGACUGCAAGGUUUUCAGAGAAGCUGUUUGUGAAUAUUGCUUGUUGAGUGGGAAAGAGGUCACUUUCACCAGGAAUGAAAAGUAUAAGCUGAAGGCAGUUUGUAAAGCAGUGAGCUGUCCAUGGCAGAUUUAUGUGGCUUGGAAAAACCCUACAGAUCGAAGCUUGGUGGCGAAAUACUAUAAUCCCAAUCACAAUUGUGUCAGAGUAUUUCAAAACACACAAGCCCCAAGUAAAUGGUUGACAGAGAAGUUCCUGCCUAGGAUUCAGUCAAAUCCCACCAUGCCUCCACAGUCUAUAGUGAAUGCAGCAUCUUCUGAGUUUAAAGUAGGUAUAUCUAGGAUGAAAGCUUACAGGGCAAAGGCAGACGCACUUCGAAUGAUUGAAGGAUCAAUUGCUGAGCAAUAUGCCAUGCUAUGGGAUUAUUGCCAUGAGCUGGAAGACAAAAACCCUGGCUCCACAACAAAGAUACAGUGUGAGUUUGUUGAUGGUGAAGCUGUUUUCAAGCGUUUGUACAUUUGUUUAGAACCAUUAAAGAAAGGGUUUAAGAUGAACUGUAGGUCUUUUAUUGGGUUAGAUGCCUGCCAUCUAAACGGAGUUUAUGGUGGACAGUUGCUUACAGCAGUUGGGAUUGAUCCCAAUAACGAGACUUGGGUCCUAGCAUAUGCUGUGGUUGAGAUGGAAACAAGGGAGUCAUGGACAUGGUUCAUUGAUCUGUUGGCCAAGGAUGUGGACAUUUAUCAAGACAGCAAGGGACAAGCCAAUUAUCACAAUGCUAGAGAUGAUCAGGUGCUUGUUGAUGAGAAGGAUCCAGUGGAUGAGGGACAAGAUGAGCAGUUGGCCUCAUCAAAUAUAAAGUGGGACUUGUCAAGCAUUCCUUGUACUCAUGGAAUUGCUGCCAUACAUUACAAAGGAGGUAAAGCUGUGGAGGAUUAUGUGCAUUCAUACUACAGUAAGGACAGUUACAUGGCCCUCUAUAACAAUCUCACUGUGCCAAUUAAUGGAUCACAGCUAUGGGAGAAGACCAACCAGCCAGCAAUAAAGCCCCCAGCCUAUACUAGACAACCUGGAAGACCUAGAAAGGUGAGGAUAAAAGGAGCUGAAGAGGGAAUAGAUAGGAGUGGGAAAAAAGGUUGGGAAGACAAGGAAUGCAAAUGA